UGGCUUCCGCGUUUCCACCCCGCGUUUACUUGCCGAAGCUCGUAUAUCCGCCGCAUCGGACCUGCAGUUUAGCUUACAUUCCAACAACGCCAUGGGUCCGUCAUGCGUCGAGAUUUAUCGCGAACUUCGCUCUUCCGGUCUUCUUCACUUCUUCUCUUUUCCUCUACUGUUUGCGUAAACUGCUUUUUCUUGUCGUCGUUAGCCUAACAUCUCCACUCAUAUCACAAUGGCGUUCCUCCAGAAAGGCCUCAAGAACAUCCUCCAAAAGAACCCCACCGAUGUGGUCUUCCUCUCUGCUCUCCGAACCCCAGUAACACGAGCAAAGAAAGGCGGUCUUCGCGACGCGUACGACCAUGAACUCCUCGGUGCUGUUCUCAAGGCGACCAUCACCAAGUUCCCCAACCUCGAUCCCGCGAAAAUCGACGAUGUGUGCAUCGGCACCGUACUCGCAGAGCUCGGCGGUUCAAAAGCAGGCCGCAUGGCCGCAAACCACGUCGGUGUUCCGACCACUACAUCAUUCAGCACUGUGAACCGCGCAUGUGCAUCGGGACUCAGCGCUAUCACAUCAAUUGCGAAUUCAAUUGCUGUUGGGCAGAUCGACGUCGGCAUUGCAGGCGGUAUGGAGAGCAUGACGCGGAACUACGGUAGCAGGGCAAUCCCCACCGAGCUCUGGCCUGAGAUGAGAGACAGCUCCGUGAAGCAAGCAAAGGACUGCAUAAUGAGCAUGGGCAUUACAUCUGAAAACGUCGCGGAGCGAUACAACGUCAGUCGCGCGGACCAGGACGCCUUUGCCGCACAAUCCCAACUCCGCGCCGCGGCAGCGCAAGCUGCAGGGAACUUUGACGCCGAAAUCGUACCCGUGACAACACGCUGGAUUGAGCCUGAGAACCCGGAGACGGAGAAGGAAGUCACAAUCACAAAGGACGACGGGAUUAGGGCGAACACGACGGUGGAGAAACUGGCGAGCAUGAAACCGGCGUUCAAGAAAGAUGGUACCUCGACCGCAGGAAACUCGUCGCAAGUCUCCGACGGCGCGUCCGCUGCUCUCAUGAUGCGCCGCUCUACCGCAGCCGCUCUUGGCCUCUCGGACCAGAUCAUCGGGAAGUGGGCGGGCACACAAGUCGUUGGCUGCCAGCCGGAUGAGAUGGGCGUUGGGCCUGCGCUCGCCGUGCCAAAGCUCCUCGCUUACGCGGGUCUUGAGGUCAAGGAUGUGGAUUUGUGGGAACUCAACGAGGCGUUUGCGAGUCAAGCGCUGCAUUGCGUAAGGACGCUGGGAUUGGAGGGGAAGAUGGAUAGGGUGAACCCGAAUGGAGGUGCGAUUGCGUUGGGGCACCCACUUGGAGCGACGAGCGGGCGGAUGUUGGCUACGUUGCUAGGGGAGAUGGGGAGAAGCGGGGAGCAGGUUGGUGUGAUCAGCAAGUGUAUCGGGACAGGGAUGGGGAUGGCGAGCUUGAUCAUCAGGGAGUAGGGAGAUGUGUUUGGAUAUGAGGUGAUUGAAAAGUAAAAAUGAAUUUCUGAAAGACCUCGGGGUAUCGUGCUCGGCGCCGUGUCAACUCAUGCUCCCGUCUGAGCAACUCUUUCUCAAGUCGCGGGGCCCUUGUUUUUGCUCUUGUUUUGCUUCUUCUUGGAUCGCUCGGCGAGGAUCUCGUCUAGAAAGCUUUUGGGUUUGGCUUUCUGUCUGCUGGUGUCGCGUUUGACGUUUCUUGGUCUUGCUCCUGCUGCUUCGUCCUCGGAGUCGUCUUCCUUCUUCACCACCUCUGCACUCGCAAUACUCUCCUCCUGCGCCUCUCCGUCAUUCCCCUCUGCUAUUCUACCCUUCGCUUGUAACUCCUCCUCAUCCUCGACCUCUUCAUCCCGC